CUACAAUCUCAUCCUUCUUCCCCCUCUCAUCAGCAAGAUACUACUGGCUGGAGUCCGUUGCAAUGCGCUUCUCGACCCGCAACGCGUUCUAUCUCCGCGCUUCAAAUUACCGCGUUAUCCCGCUCUUUCUCUACCUCGACGAGCGCCAUGUCGACUGGAUGAGCACCGAGACACUCGAUGGAGUCAUUGGCAAGCUGCACCCGAAAAUAAAGGAGUUGCUGACAGUGUCACGAUAUGAGAAGAAACACAAGGUCUACGUCGAGCGCGGUGAGGGGUACCAGUAUUGCUACUUUCUAAGGAACACAACGCGCACCGAGGUUGUGCUACUCAAGAAAAAGACCUUCUCGCUCCGCCCGCCGUCUCCAGCACCCCCCCAGCUUGCCCCGGAACCGAGUCGCAAGCGGAAGCGCUCUAGGCGCGCGCGCACAGAUAGCAUGGUCGCAGACGUGGAAGCUGCGAGAGAUGAUGCCGAGCUCCAAGAGGAGGUGAUGGAAGUCAAGGCUGAGCCGCUGGAUGACGAGGAGUAUGUCCCGCGACCUUCUACGUUGGACGACGAAGACAACGAGACGCAGAUCAAGGACUGGAAACCGGACGUCACGCUCGCGUACCAGGGCUUCGGAACCUCUUCCGUGCAACUUGUGCUCAUCGUCGAGCCCUACCCGCCCCUCCCGCCAGAGGAGUACGCGCCUCCUGCCUCUCGCCUCUCGACACGCUCCGUAUCCGUCAUGACCUCCCGCUCUCGCUCUCGCACCGGCAUGAAGGGGACGCGAUACUCGUCAACGUCUUUGGCGCUCGAUGUCGCCCCACGCGCACCAGCGCCUCAAGUUAGGAACAUGCGAAACGCGACACGCUCCGCCUCUGUCGCAGAGACUGGGGGAUCGUGGCGUGGGUCACGCAACCUCCGCGAUGCGAGCGCCACCCCCUUCGCGAGUGGGCAAGGGCGCACGAGGACACCACUGUUCAUGCCCCGUGACACGCCAUUUGACAAUGACGAGGAGGACGAAGAGGAGCACGAGGCCUUUGCGGAGGCGCUCCGAGACGGCCGAUUCCGACUGCCCUCUGUAGCACCAAGGGAGCAAGACGAUGAGGACGACAAUCCUUUCGAUGAGCCGGAGGGCAUGAUGGCCCUAGGUGAGCGCCUGGUCCACGCGUCCCAGAUAGAGGAGGGCGUGUACCGCAAUGCGGCGGGAUGGGAGGAGAUGGGCGAAGGAGAGGAGAGUGAUGUGCUGGGGCGGCAGGAGCCGGGAGAAUAAACGCAGAGUUGCUCGUCAGUUAUAGCAGCUUGCAAUUUCUAUUCAAAUGCAUGAUCACGGCUACAUC